CGUCGCGUAUUGAACGAGCGAGUUAACGAGCCUACAGUAAGGCGCAGCGCAGCAAAAAUUCAACACUGAGAAAAAACUCAUUAAAAGUGACUAUCGAAAGUGAAAAUAAGUUAAUGGCAUUAGUGAGAUAAGUGCUAAUUGAAGUAUAUUCAGUAGAACAAAGUGCAAUCUGUGCGAACUUGCAAAAAAUAAACGAAAAAUAUUUGAGAACUGUGAAAAAGGCGGAGACUUAGAACAGAAUGUUUAUUCAGAAAAUGAUCGAUCAUGCCACACACUCGGAGUUAUGGAGUUUUGCAACGCUACUGGCCAUUGCACUGACCAUUUAUAGUUUAUGGGAUUAUAUAAAGUCAGUACUGCUCUCACUGAAACUGUCAGGACCGGAAGCAUUACCCAUACUUGGCAAUUGCUUGAUCAUAAAGGAGAAGGACAUGCUUGCCAAACGCGUGGCAACAGCUUUCGGUCUAUACGGUCCACUAAUACGUGUUUGGGUUCUACUUUUCCCGUUCUUUGCCGUGCUGCAACCAGAUGAUUUGCAAGUCAUACUCUCUUCAAAGAAACAUACAGAGAAAGUGUUCAUCUACAGAUUGAUGCAUAACUUUCUGGGGAAAGGUCUUAUAACGAGUAGUGGCGAAAAGUGGAACGCUCAUCGAAAAUUCAUACAACCCAUGUUUCAUUUGACGAUUUUGGAACGCUUCAUUGACACAUUUGCGGACGCCUCUCAAACACUCUUCGAGAACUUACACGGAUCCGCCAAUGAAGAAGUUAAUAUCGCCAAAUAUAUCAACAAUUGUGUCAUAGACAUAUUAAAUGAAGUGGUCCUGGGUGUACCGGUAAAACGGCAAGGUGCCUUAGUGGAUAUGGAGCAUUCACCAUUCAGGCAAGGAAAAGUGGUAGUCAACGAGCGUUUUUUGCAGCCGUGGCUUCUGUUUGAGAGCAUUUACAAGUUUACGAAAAGCGCAUCAGAAGAGCUCGAUCAAAAGAAGCGUCUCGACCAAUUUACACGUAAAAUGAUCAAGCGCCGUCGUGAUAUGAUAGCGAGUGGACCUCUUGUCAGACGCAAGUGUCUGCUGGAUUAUAUGAUCGAAAUAUCGGAUAACAAUGCUGAUUUCACCGAAGAUGAUAUAGUAGAUGAGGCCUGCACAUUUAUGCUUGCCGGACAAGAUUCCGUUGGCGCUGCAGUUGCCUUCACACUCUUCCUACUUGCUCAAAACCCCGAAUGUCAGGAGAAAUGUGUUGCAGAAAUUAACGAUAUUUUCAUGGACGACCAGCGCGCCCCAACUAUGAAUGAUUUGCGAGAAAUGCGCUAUGUGGAGAUGUGUAUUAAGGAGGCAUUGCGCCUGUGCCCCAGUGUGCCUUUAAUGGCACGAAAAUUGGGCGAAGAAGUGCGUUUGGGAAAAUAUACACUACCCGCUGGUAGCAAUAUAUUUAUUUGUCCUUAUGCUACGCAUCGUUUGCCACAUAUUUUCCCUGACCCCGAAAAAUUCGAUCCCGAACGCUUCUCGCCACAAAACAUGGAAACACGCCAUCCUUACGCCUAUAUACCGUUCAGUGCGGGCCCCCGUUACUGCAUUGGUAAUCGCUUUGCCAUUAUGGAAAUGAAAACCGUUGUCUCGCGUUUAUUGCGGAGUUAUCAGCUGCUGCCUGUACCCGGCAAGACCUCCUUCAAUGCCACGUUUCGCAUUACACUACGCGCCUCAGGUGGUUUAUGGGUGCAUUUAAAGCCACGCGAAAAUCCUCUCAUCGAUUAUAGCAAUUAAGAAAGGUUUUUUUGGACUCCUAUAUUUAAGGUAUUAUAAACUUUUAGCUAUGGUAGUUGUAGCUCUAGUUAAACAAAUUCUUGCGGGUAUUCCUCACUCCCACAACCACAAUAGCUGUAAAGUAUUUAUAUGUAUGUGUAAGUAAAUACAUACUACUGUGAUCAAAUUAAAAGGUGAAUUUUAUCCAUUU